AUGACCACCGAGGGCGGGCCGCCGCCGCCCCCGCCGCGCCCGCCGCCAGCCCCGCUCCGCCGCGCGUGCAGCCCGGCCCCCGGCGCACUCCAGGCCGCCUUGAUGAGCCCGCCGCCCGCCGCCGCCGCCCUGGAGACCACCUCGUCGUCGUCGUCUUCCUCCGCCUCCUGUGCCUCCUCGUCCUCCUCCUCCUCCAACUCGGCCAGCGCCUCCUCGGCCGCCUGCAAGAGCGCGGGCGGCGGCGGCGGCGGCGGCGGCGGCGCGGGCGUCGGGAGCGGGGGCGCCAAGAAGGCGAGCUCGGGGCUGCGGCGGCCGGAGAAGCCUCCCUACUCGUACAUUGCGCUCAUCGUCAUGGCCAUACAGAGCUCGCCCAGCAAGCGCCUGACGCUCAGUGAGAUCUACCAGUUCCUGCAGGCGCGCUUCCCCUUCUUCCGCGGCGCCUACCAGGGCUGGAAGAACUCCGUGCGCCACAACCUCUCGCUCAACGAGUGUUUCAUCAAGCUGCCCAAGGGCCUUGGGCGACCCGGCAAGGGUCACUACUGGACCAUCGACCCGGCCAGUGAGUUCAUGUUCGAGGAGGGCUCGUUCCGCCGCCGGCCGCGCGGCUUCAGGCGGAAAUGCCAGGCGCUCAAGCCCAUGUACCACCGCGUAGUGAGCGGCUUGGGCUUUGGCGCCUCGCUGCUGCCACAGGGCUUCGACUUCCAGGCGCCCCCAUCGGCGCCGCUCGGUUGCCACGGGCAGGGCGGCUACGGCGGCCUUGACAUGAUGCCCGCGGGCUACGACGCCAGCACCGGCGCCCCGGGCCACGCGCAUCCGCACCACCACCAUCACCACCACGUCCCGCAUAUGUCGCCCAACCCGGGCUCCACCUACAUGGCCAGUUGCCCCGUGCCCGCCGGGCCUGGGGGUGUCGGCGCGGCUGGGGGCGGCGGCGGAGGGGACUACGGCCCGGACAGCAGCAGCAGCCCAGUGCCCUCGUCCCCAGCCAUGGCGAGCGCCAUCGAGUGCCACUCUCCCUACACGAGCCCCGCGGCGCACUGGAGCUCGCCCGGCGCCUCGCCUUACCUCAAGCAGCCGCCCUCCCUGACGCCAAGCAGCAACCCCGCUGCCACGGCAGGCCUGCAUUCGAGCAUGUCCUCCUACUCGCUGGAGCAGAGCUACCUGCACCAGAACGCCCGCGAGGACCUCUCAGUGGGACUGCCUCGAUACCAGCAUCACUCUACCCCGGUGUGUGACAGAAAAGAUUUUGUCCUCAACUUUAAUGGCAUUUCUUCUUUCCACCCCUCUGCAAGCGGACCAUAUUAUCACCAUCACCACCACCAGAGUGUCUGCCAGGAUAUUAAGCCCUGUGUCAUGUGAAUAGAGGGAGGGAGGCCAUGCCAAGGCCACUCUCUG